ACAGCGCAAAAGCCCGGCGAAUAAUGAGGACCACGUAAAUGCCUGUUGUUAAAAACAAGUACACAUGCUUUAUUUGGCCUUUUAGAACUGUUUAAUUCAGUAUGUUUAUUACCGCUCAAAUUUGGUGACUUUUAUGUUCAAACGGGUGUGUUUUUUCUAGUCACGUUGAUAGUCCCUGACACAUGUACAACACUCUGCCUCGCUACUCGCUACACUCGUCGGCAGCACAGCUUUCUGUAACGUUAGCUAAAACAGUUUGAAUACAUCCCUGACCGAGCAUACAAUAAUUACAUUCAUUGAAAGAAUACACUGCAAUACCGAAAGCAUGAAUAGGCGAGAAGGUGAAGGAGGCUCCCGGAGAAAUGCUGAUGCAGCGCAGGAUCGUGAAGCGAGUGCACAAUCAUCCUCACCGGUCAUCGCUGCUUUCAAAGUUUUCCAACAGGAGCUUGACACCAAACACGACAAACAUGAGCGCCUUGUCAAGAUCAGUCGAGACGUCACCAUCGAAAGCAAGAGGACCAUUUUCCUUUUACAUAGAGUGACCAGUGUACCAAAUGCAGAGGAUAUUUUGAAUGAAGCAGAGUUGAAACUGGAUGCAGUCAGGCAGAAAAUUGGUCAAAUAGCUGAAGAGCUCAGAGGAGAGGACAUCUUUCAGUUCCACAGAGCGUUCACUGGAGGGAUCCAGGAGUAUGUGGAGGCCGCCUCUUUCCUGCACUAUAUCCGUCAUCGCAGCCUUAUCAGCCUGGAGGAGAUCAACGCCAGGCUGGUGUUCAUGAAAUCAGAGAAGGAAGAUUCUGAGGGCCCUGCUGACACCCUGCAGCCAGGGGGCCAGGUGCUGACCUUCCAGGUGUCGCCCUCCGACUACCUGCUGGGCGUGGCAGACCUGACGGGCGAGCUGAUGCGGAUGUGCAUCAGCAGCGUGGGCAACGGAGACAUCGACACGCCCUUCCAGCUGAGCCAGUUCCUGCGGCAGAUCCACGACGGCUUCUCCUACAUCGGGAACACGGGCCCGUACGAGGUCUCCAAGAAGCUGCACGUGCUGCGCCAGAGCCUGGGGAAGGUGGAGGACGCCUGCUACGCUCUGCGCGUCCGCGGCUCCGAAAUCCCCAAACACAUGCUGGCUGAUGUGUUCUCCAGCAGGACGACGCACAUGGAGCCAGAGGAAGGAGUGGUUUAAAUCCUGCACAGCUUUUACAUCAUUUAUGUUCUCUUUGGUGUCAUUGUCUCCCCUGGUUUGGUUCAAGUUUACAUGUCUUUUUUAAUGGGAUUUGACAUGUUUGAUAUGUUCUGGCUUUUUGUUUUUUGUUAUUACAGUAAAAAUGCUGUUACAAUAGACAAUAGAAUUUUUUUCAGUGAUAAAGAUCUGAUGACUUCAUUUGUUUUGCAUGAAUAAAAGAAUUCUAUGCCAAA